CAGUUGAAAUACAAUCAAUGCUAGAGAGAGGACGUGUUUCGUGAUACGGCAAACGAAGAAAACACAUUUGUUUUGCACUCCGAAACAAAAGUAUUAGAGAAGAAGUGCAGUUUGAAAAUUUGUUUUCUAGACAAAACUGUUUACAGGAUUAUUGCUGCGUGCAAAUAGAGAGUCCUGUAAACAGAAGACAUCUAUAUCAGUGCAUUGUUGAGAUUGAUAGAUAACGCGAACAAAUAAUUGAAUACUUCGGAGAAUUAGAUACAUUCUUGACAUUGCAUCUACGAUCUAUAAAUCUGCGAUGUAGGAUUAUCGGCAGCAGUUAUUCUUGCAGAUGUGUUUGAAAAGAGGUUGUCCACCGGAGGUUGGCCGAGUAUUCCAGUAUGCACGACAGAACCAUGUCCUGCUUUAGUUCAGCCUGUGAGGAUAAAUUCAGCUGUUACCAGUCUGUGGAGGAGGCUAAGAGGGCAAAACAAAGAAACAAACAGAUCAGCAAACUGCUUAAACAGCACCAGAAAGAAGAGCUGAAACGCUUGAAGAUUCUUCUGCUUGGUACUGGGGAGUCAGGCAAGACCACCAUUACAAAGCAAAUGAGGAUUAUCCAUAUAAAUGGAUUUGAUAUGAAAGAAAGAGUGGAAAAAAUUUGUGAUAUCCGAAAAAAUAUUAAAGAAUCCAUUGUGGUGCUUCUCUCUGCCAUGCAUCAGUUGGAGAUUCCCUUUGAACUCGCGGAGAGCGAGAAAAGCCGAGACUUUAUACUGAAGGACGCAGGGAACCCGGAUGCUCACAUAACAAAUGAAUUUCUAGAUCACUCCGAGAAGUUAUGGGAGGAUCCAGGAGUACAGAAGUGUUAUGAACGAUCACAUGAAUUUCACCUCAUAGACUGUGCCAAAUACUUUUUAGACAAACUCCAAGAAAUCAGAAGCCCUGCCUACGUUCCUUCCGAUCAGGAUAUACUCAGGUGCCGCAGUGUGACCACAUCAAUUCAGAACAUUGAGUUCGAGGUUCCCGAUGGAGGCCAUCAGGUUAGGUUCAAUGUGUAUGAUGUCGGAGGACAGCAAGGAGAACGCAAGAAGUGGAUCCAAGUGUUUGACAGUGUGACCGCCAUUCUUUUUGUUGUGGACUGUAGUAGUUUCGACCAAACUCUUCGUGAGGAUCCCGAGAAAAACAGACUUCUUGAAGCUCUUGAAAACUUUGACCAAGUCUGGAAUAACCGAUUCCUGAAAUAUGUGUCUGUUCUUCUCUUCAUCAACAAAAUAGAUGUCCUGGCAGAAAAGAUUGCAAGAGGACGUGAUAUCUCAGAACUUACUGAUUUGUAUCCUGAUAUUUUUCCUGACUUUGGUCAAUUUGUUCCCUCCGAAUCUGACAUAAGCCAGUUCCUAGAGGCUUAUCCGAGUUUUGAAAAUGACCAUAGAAAAAAGUCAAAGUCUACGAGAUCUGAUGUUCAUCCGGACACCAUAAAAACAGCUGUAUACAUCAAACAUCUUUUCAUGAAAAUUGUGAAAGGUGAAAUCAACUUGAAGAAACGAAUCACCCCUCAUAACAAGGACUGGCAUGAUGAGCACAGUUGUGAAUAUUACUACACAUGCGCAAUAGACACUGAUAAUGUCCAAAGAGUGUUAAACGGAUGCCGUACUCUCAUUAUUCAGAACCAUUUAAGGCGAUUUGGAAUUAUUUGACUCUCGGAGAAGCAUUUAUCUUGUUUGAUGUCUUCGUUCUUUAAUCAUCUGACAGAUGAGAGACACCGCUUACAGCUAAAACGAAGUUCUGACAUUUUGCAAAAAAUAUACACAAUUCUCCUGGGGCCAUUUGUAGAGCUGCAACGCUAAUAAUGCUACUGAAUGUGUUGUAGAAUCAGCGUUUUUAAGACGAACAGCAAAUGCAUGAAAGUGAGCAAUAUUAAGAGGAUAAAGCUAGUCUGUGCGACCUACCUUAAAAAAUAAUCCACUCUAUUUAUUUGAAGUUGAUAUUUGCACUGCAUUUUUUUUUUACAAUUAUUAUUUUUAGUAUUUACACUCAUGUUGUUUAAAAUAAAAUGAUAAAAACAAUCA